AAUACACACAUUAAAAGUUAAAGUGUUAAGUAAACAUAACAGAAGUUGAAUGCUAAUAAAAAACAAUGUGCUUAAGCAAAUUCCAAGUGGUUUUCUUAAGCGCCUAAGUAAGCAGCGCACGUACGCACACACACACACACAAGCACACCCAAGACACACACACACACGCGCAAACUACGUGAAACAAGUUCUAAUAAGAAAGGCACAAAGAAGCAACAACUUGUUUUGGCUGCAGUGUAAAACUGGGCUUCAUGAUGGGCACAAGCAGCGGCAUCAAAACCGAAGUUGCAGAGCCUCGUGCAAUGAACAUCAACAACAACAGCAACAACAACAAUAGCAACAAUAAUAAUGCUGCUGCUGUUGCAGCCGGAAAUGCGGCUAGUUCCGCUGCCGCCGCAGCAGCAGCCGCCGCGGCGGCUGCCACCCUCUCCUCGGGUGUUGAGUUGUGUUUGGUGUGCGGGGAUCGGGCGUCGGGUCGCCAUUAUGGUGCCAUCAGCUGCGAGGGGUGCAAAGGUUUCUUCAAGCGUUCGAUACGCAAACAGUUGGGCUACCAGUGCCGCGGCGCCAUGAACUGCGAGGUGACCAAGCAUCAUCGCAACCGAUGUCAGUUCUGUCGCCUGCAAAAGUGUUUGGCCAGCGGCAUGCGAAGUGAUUCCGUGCAACACGAACGCAAACCGAUUGUGGAUCGCAAAGAUGGCUGCGUCUCUGGGGCAACGGGCAGCGUGUCGGGAGCCUCGGCACAGGGCACCGGUGGUGGCGCCUCCAGCAGCAGCAGCUCCGCCUCGGCUGCCAAGUCGGCCUAUCAGCAACAGGUGCGUGCAAAGCAGCAGCAGCAACAACAACAGCAGCAGCAGCAGCAACAUGCAUCUGUUGCAGCGGCUGCAACACUAUUCCAGCAUGCGACCACGCCCCCCGUCAACAAUGCGGCAACAACGCCCUUUGGCCUCAGCGACAAUCUAUUCCCAAUGAGCCUGAACUUUGCGGAACUCACACAAACGUUGAUGCUUGCCACACAGCAGCAGCAACAACAGCACCAACAGCAGCAGCAGGCUGCAAGCAGCAAUGCCACAUCUCAUUGUUACUCACCGGAACUGGCCAAGCCGGAGCUGGACGAGGACGAUGAUGAUUCCAUGGAUAAUAAUAGCUCGUUGUGUCUCCAGCUGUUGGCCAACAGUGCCAGCAAUAAUAAUUCUCAACAUUUGAAUUUUAAUGCAGCUGCUGCAGCGGCUGCUGCUGCCGCAGCUGCCUCCGAUGCGAGCACAGCGCUGCCCACGCCGGCGACUGUGGGUCUUAUCCAGAGCACGCUGGACAAGCGAGCCAUUGAUAAGGCGCUCCAGUUGCUGCAGCCCAUACAGCAGCAGCUGGACAGGAUUCAGAGUGGUGGACAACAACAGACGGGAACAGCGACAACAACUGGAAUUGCAGCUGCUGGUGGCGCAACAGUUGGUGCUGCUUCCUCGUUGAGCAUUAAACCCGAAUGCGAUUCGGAUGCAGAGGAUAGCGGAACCGAGGAUGUGGACGCUUCUGAUCUCGUCGAGCAUAUGGAACUGGAUUUCGAGUAUUGUAAUCGUGGUGAUUUCGUUGCCAACGAGGCCAUCUUCAUUCAGGAUCUAUUCCCUGCCGAGGCACAAUGCACUGCCUUCCAUGUGCAGCCACCUGCCCUCGUCCAUUCCUAUCUCAAUAUGCAUUAUGUGUGCGAGACUGGAGCACGCAUCAUCUUUCUAACGGUGCACACGUUGCGCAAGGUGCCCGCCUUUGAAUUGCUCGAUGCCCACACACAAAUGAAACUGUUGCGCGGCGCUUGGCCAGCUCUGUUGGCUGUGGCGCUGGCGCAGUGUCAACGCCAGCUGGCUGUGCCCACCAUCAUUGGGCAGCUAGUGCAGAGUGUUCGCCAGGUGGCCGACAUCGAUAAGAUUGAGCCAGCGAAGAUUGCAAAGCUCGCACAGAUCACACGCACUCUGCACGACUUUAUCCAGGAGUUGCAGUCGCAGGAUGUCAGCGAUCUGGAGUAUGGCCUGCUCCGCCUGGUGUUGCUCUUCAAUCCGCUGCUGUUGCAGCAGAAUCGACGCGAGCGUUCGUUGCGCGCCUACGUCAAGCGGGUGCAACUGUAUGCGCUUGCCACACUGCGGCGCCAAGGCGGUGGCGAGGAGCGCGCGAAUCUCCUCUUUGCCAGUCUGUUACCGUUGAGCGUGCUCGAAUCGGAGCUGACCGAGGAGCUGUUCUUUGCCAAUCUGGUGGGGCAAAUGCAAAUAGAUGCAAUGAUUCCCUUCAUUCUCAUGAUGUGCAAUAGCAACGGACUGUAAAGGAUUCGGAGGAGGCGACCUACAGAAGCAAGAAGACUGAAGACUGGCGCAGCAUCAAAGAUGAUUGUGAAGCGAGCGAGCGCAGAGCGGGGCGGGUGUGGGGCCAAAUCUGCGCCUAGUGCGGACAAUACUUAGCUAUAGCUUAUAUGUAUCUUAUAUUAUAUCUAUAAAAGCUGACUACACAUUUACUAGGGGCCUCUAUUCUAUAAAAUAAAUGUUUUUUCUACGA